AUGGUGUUGAAGCAUCCUGCUGUAGGUCAGCUUUUCUUCAUCAGGAACAGGGACAGGGAGCGCCUUGCAGCCAAUGAGAAUGUGAAGAUAGCCCAACACGGUGCUCGCUGCUGCCUCAGCAUACUGUGCCCUGAAGGAGAGGACAGUGGCGUAUACACUUGCUUCGCUCACAAUGACUCAGGCCAAGCCUCCUGUGAAGCUCAGCUAACAGUCGAGGAAGGUCCACUUGAUUCUCAGGAGAGAGAGGUGGAGCUGGGGAAGAGAAGGAAGUUGUUCUCGGUCUAUGAUGUCCACGAGGAAAUUGGAAGGGGGGGCAUUUGGGGUGGGAAGCGGGUCAUCCACAGAAGAACCGGUGGUGUUGCCGCCAAGUUUCUGCCUCUGCGCAGCAGCUCCCGGACCAGGGCCUUCCAGGAGAGGGAUUCUCCUUCUCGUCUCGCUCACCCCAGAGUGGCCUGCCUGCUGGUUUUCUGCACCCGACGCACCCUGGUGUUGAUUACAGAAACCUGCUGUUCUCAUGGACUCCUGGACCAUUUAUUGAUGAGAGGAUCUGUCUCAGAAAAAGAAGUCCAGUCAUACAUCCAGCAAAUUCUGGAAGGGGUUGGUCAUAUUCACGGCAUGAACAUCAUGCAUCUGGAUAUCAAACCUGAAAAUAUCUUGAUGGCGUAUCCGCCAAGAGAUGAGAUCAAGAUCUGUGAUUUUGGCUUCUGCCAGGAAAUAGACACAUCCCGACACCAGUACAGCAUGUUUGGCACACCGGAGUUUGUUGCACCUGAGAUUGUGCAUCAAGAACCCGUCACUGUGGCCACUGAUAUUUGGGCCGUCGGUGUCAUUGCAUUUCUGUGCCUGGUUUGCCGGUGCCCUUUUGUGAGCGAGACUGACCGCGCGACGUUGCUGAGCGUGGGCGAGGCGACUUUAAACUGGGACGCCCCGGACAUCGUGUGCAGGAGCCCCGAAGCGAGGAGCUUUCUCCAUACGGUCCUUCAGCCGGAUCCAGAGACUCGACCAUCUGCCCUUGAGUGCUUGAAUCACGAGUGGCUUCAGGAUGGAAAUGCAGGGGAGGACACUGAUGAAAUCAACACAAAGACUUUGAAAGUCUUCAUCUCUAAAAGGAAGUGGCAGCGUUCUUUGACAUCCAUCGGGUCGGUGCUCACACUGCGGCCCAUUCCCGAGCUGCUGGACGCUCCUCUCAGAGAGACUUCAGUUGCGGUUCCCCGCGAGCCCCAGGAGCACAGCAGCACCUCCCUGAGCAGCGGCUCCUCGUCGGAGUACGAUGAGGCAGACUCCUGGGACUUUUUCCAGCACUGCAGCCAGACUGAGGAAGAGGAGGAGGAGACGGAGGAAGAAUAUGAUCCCGAGUCUUUUGCCAAAUGCCGCCUAGGUGCAGAGGAGGAUGAGGAAGGGACUUUAGGGGAGGAUGAGGAUGGAGAGAUGGGAGGAAGGAGGAGCGUCACAGAGCGCAGCGUGAGCAGGGCGUCGAUUGCAUCAUCGACAACAACAGCAGACCAACAGACGCCUCAGAGGGAACGACGCUUCAGCAAGGACAGCAACCGAUCUUUGCAUCUCUCUGACGGGGAUGAGGGUUCAGGGAGCGAUGGAGGUCGUAUCCCCAGGGGAAGCGUCAUCCGAAGCACUUUCUACAACAACUCUCAACAGCUUUCCCCGCUGUCGGCCAGACACAUGACUUUGAGGGACAAAUUCCAGGCGAGAAAGCAGGAGAGAGGCCGCAAGCCUCUCAGGAGGAGUUUCUCCGGACGUCUCAACGAGCCUCUGAUUGAGUACGUGGAGGACGAACCGGAGAGCAACCGUGGGCAGAGGCGAGGAUCCAUCCAGCCCAGCAUGCAGAAGUCCUCCUCGUUUGACAGCGGUGUGGCCUUUGCCCAUACCAACCUACCCCCGAACAGACGGAGCAGGUCCCUGGACGAGUAUUCCCGUCGAUCUCCCAGCUCGGCUGGCCGUGAAAGAGCGCGUGAAGAGGAGACCAUCCAGAGCACGAGGGAAGAAGUCACAGAUGAUGAGGCGGUUGGAAGAAGCUCGCUAAUUACCCAGAAAGCUCAGCAGUUCUCAGGAAGAAGGGGCUCAGUUGUUCCGACACAAGGGGCGUUCAGUAGGUCGUCCGCUCCUUCAGAGUUUCUCAGCGGAGGCCGUAUGAGAUCCAGGCUGGGUCAGGACCAGAUGGAGGGGGAUACUUUAACCAGCUCCCAAGGGUCUCUGGCUGAGUCUUUUAUUUUGGAGCACGGUGGAUCCGAGUCUUCAAGUAGACUUGGCUCCUUUGACGAGCUGAGCCACGGUCAGGUUGGAAGACGGUACCAGUCGGGAGAGAGCGACGGACACGAUGAACACAGUGAGCCCCUGAUCACGCCAUCUCCUACCUCCUUUCAAGAAAUGAAACCGAGAAGCUCCUUUCCUCAAGCGCCACCACGCAACCGUACCAGGUCCAAUCCCAACUUAUCCACAAGCUGCAGAGGUCAGCCAGGGAGGCCCUUAAUGCCGAGUCCGAGUCCAAGCCUCUGCUCUCUAGACGCUCCCGAGAGGCCUCCCAGGGCCCGGGACAAGAAAGACGGCUCUGGGCUCCAAAGACACGCAUCCGCUCCAGCUCUGGAAGCGCGGCCACCGACUGGAAAGUCCCCCAAACUGGGCCUUCUGAAGAUCUUCCGCAGGCAGUCCUGGACCAGCCGCUCGUACACCGAGCUGGAGGAUGCGGAGCUGGGGCCCACUCUGGGAGAGAUCAUGAAGCCCGAAACACCUUCUAUGUCUCUGAGGAAGAAGAUGAGAGCCUCUGCUUCCAGUCUGACCAAACUGUUCUCCAGGUCCUCUAGUAAGGAGGAUGUCAGAAAAGGAGGACCCAUAGUGAAAGGAUCUGCUGCCAUCCCACCUGAGAGGGAACAAAGCAUUGGUCUCGAAAGCCCCAAAAAGAGAAGCUCAAAGCUCCUGUCAUCUUUAAAAUACCAUCAUUCAAGAAAAACAAAAGUGUUUAACCCCGUGUCAGUUUGUCCCAGCAAGGCCGAGGUGCUGCAUUUAGACGGAGGCGGUGUCCUGCUGGUGUGGAGGCCUGUCCAGUCCGCUGACCCGGUCACUUACUGUGUCCAGUACUGUACAGAUGGUGGAGAGUGGACAGUCCUGUCAGAUGAGGUGGCAGAGAGCUGCUAUGUGGUGAAGGACUUACCCAAAGGAGCAUCGUACGUGUUCAGAGUGGGCUGUAUCACCCGGACGGGAGCAGGACCUUUCAGCGAAGCUUCAGCUCCCAUUGUCAUAUCCACUCAUCCUGAAGACAUCCGCAUUCCUCUCAUUCAAGUUGAAUCACUUGGGUCGAAAGUCACUGGAUCAGAAAAUCAAACCGUAAACAGGAACUACAGCUUCCUCUCUGAGAUCAGCAGGGGUCGUUUCAGUGUAGUAACCCUGUGCAGGGAUGUGGAGACCAGCCAGGCGUUCGCCGCCAAGAUCACGCCCUACCAGGCCGAGCAGAGGCCACUGGUGCUGCGGGAGUACCAGCUGCUGAGGAGGCUUCACCACCUCCACCUGGUUCAGCUGCACGCUGCUUUCAUCACUCCUCGCUACGUGGUGUUGGUGGAGGAGCUGUGUCCCGGCAAGGAGCUGCUGCACAGUCUGGCAGCAAGAGACCUGUAUGCAGAGAGUAAUGUCGCCGAGCUGCUGCAUCAGAUUGUGAGCGCGGUGGACUACCUCCACAGCCGUCGGGUCGUGCACCUGGACCUGAAGUCUGACAACAUGCUGGUGGAUGACGGCAACCACCUAAAGAUCGUCGAUUUUGGCUCGGCUCAGUCCUUCAUACCAGGACAGCCUCUCAGCAUAGAGCACAUUCACGGCUUCUCAGACAGCAAAGUCUAUAUUGUCCUUCCUAAAGCUCCAGAGAUCCUGGAAGGUCAGGGCGUAGGGCCGGAGACGGACAUCUGGGCUAUUGGUGUCCUGUCCUUUAUCAUGCUGAGCGCCGACAGUCCCUUUUAUUCCGAGCUCAGCUGGGAGCAAGACAAAAACAUAAGGAAAGGAAAGAUCCAGUUUGGCCGCUGUUACCCUGGUCUGUCAGAAGGAGCUUUAAACUUCAUGAAGAGCAGCCUGCAUAACAAGUCCUGGGGGAGACCCACAGCGGCCGAGUGUCUCCAGAACCCGUGGCUACGCGCCCAUCGCGCUCCGCACAAAGUCCGGCCGUCCAAAGUGUGCUUCUCCUCUGACAAGCUCAGAGCUUACCUCAAGCAGAAAGAGGAGAAACGAGAGCAGGUGUGCACAAAACAUCAGGGUCCGUCCUUCCAGUGAGGUAGAAAAAAAAAAAAAAACGACAAAACCUUCAUUUUUCUGAACAAAAAACAUUUUAGUGCUGUUGUCUUUUGUCAAGCGUGCCUCGAAACCCUUGUUAUCUGCAUAAAGUGAUAUAUCCUGACUUCAAACGCGUCUUAAUGAGUCUCAGUGUGUGAAUCUUUUUGAUUCGGUGUUGAUGAAGACAAAUCAGGGAUGAGUAAGUACCACAAACCAGUGCAUGAGUUGUGAGGUUUUAGUUGUGCUGUAUGAGAUUCGCUUUGUUCCUCUGCUACAGUGUCAAACAGACGCACAUGCUGGGUCUUACAUUUGAAAUCUGUUUUUGGGAUAUGUGUGUGUUUUAACGAAGACAUGUAUGUUUCAGUAAUAUAUUCCAAACUUUCUAACUCACACGUCUGCAAUAAAUAGAUAGUUAACAGAUAAAUUGUGUUAUUUUGGAUGACUUUGUCUUGAAGAGAAUGGAGGAAAAAUAUGUAAUAAAUGACACUAGAAGAGCUGUUAAUUACUAAAUCUCUUUAUUUAUCCAGGUUUCUAUACAGACACAUGGUAUUCAACAUCUAUAGAAAUCUACAUAAUAGAAAGACUUCUCUGUGCAGAAGGGUUUUAGCUGUUUAAUAUCUGUCCUUAAUAAAAGUAUGCAUACACACAGUU